CUCCAUUACAAACACCGCCCUCACCACUCAACCCCAGGCCCGUCCAUCAACCCUACCAUCCGUUAAAGCUGUGUCCGUUGCCUUGAAGUCGCUUUCAUCGCCGUCGCAUCCACGCAGCCAUCAUGGGUGCUAAUCAGUCCACCGGCGGUGGGCCCCCAGGGGGAGGAGAUGGAAAGGACAAGAAGGAUGCGAAGAAGGACAAGCCAAAGUACGAGCCUCCCCCACAACCAACGACCCGCAUCGGCAGGAAGAAGCGCAAGCAGGCAGGUCCAAAUGCCGCCGCGAAGCUACCGACCGUAUACCCAACCGCCCGCUGCAAGCUGAGGUACCUGCGGAUGCAACGUAUCCACGAUCAUCUCCUUCUCGAGGAGGAAUAUGUCGAAAACCAAGAGCGCCUCCGAAAAGCCAAGGCAGUCCUUACUGCAACCCCAGCGACCGCCGGAGGAGACUCAGAUGCCCUAGACCGGAACGCCGAUGAGCGAUCGCGCGUGGACGACAUGAGAGGCAGCCCGAUGGGCGUCGGAAAUUUGGAGGAACUCAUCGACGACGACCACGCCAUCGUUUCCAGCGCCACCGGCCCCGAAUACUACGUUUCCAUCAUGUCUUUUGUUGAUAAGGACCUCCUCGAGCCAGGCGCCAGCAUCCUCCUCCACCACAAGACGGUGUCUGUUGUCGGAGUUCUGACGGACGACGCCGAUCCCCUUGUUUCAGUAAUGAAACUAGACAAAGCGCCGACGGAAUCGUACGCGGAUAUCGGUGGUUUGGAGCAGCAGAUUCAGGAAGUCAGAGAGGCUGUCGAGCUUCCUCUACUCCACCCUGAGCUGUAUGAAGAGAUGGGAAUCAAGCCUCCAAAGGGUGUUAUUCUGUACGGUGCGCCGGGUACCGGCAAAACGCUGCUAGCGAAGGCCGUGGCGAAUCAGACGAGUGCCACCUUCCUAAGAAUCGUGGGAAGCGAACUGAUCCAGAAAUACUUGGGUGAUGGUCCUCGACUUGUGCGGCAGCUGUUCCAGGUUGCCGCUGAGCACGCUCCUGCUAUCGUCUUCAUCGACGAGAUCGACGCCAUCGGGACAAAACGAUACGAGUCGACGUCUGGAGGUGAGCGUGAAAUCCAGCGGACUAUGUUGGAGCUUCUCAACCAGCUUGACGGUUUCGACGAUCGAGGCGAUGUCAAGGUUAUCAUGGCCACCAACAAGAUCGAGACUCUGGACCCAGCUCUGAUCCGUCCUGGUCGUAUCGACCGAAAGAUUCUCUUCGAGAACCCUGAUCAAUCCACCAAGAAGAAGAUCUUCACCCUACACACCUCCAAGAUGUCCCUCAACGUCGACGUUGACCUCGACGAGUUCAUCAACCAGAAGGACGACCUCUCUGGCGCCGACAUCAAGGCCAUCUGCUCCGAAGCCGGCCUGAUGGCGCUGCGAGAACGCAGGAUGCGCGUCAACAUGGAAGAUUUCCGCUCUGCUAGGGAGCGUGUCUUGAAGACGAAGACUGAGGGCGAACCGGAGGGUCUGUACUUGUAGAUUGGCGAAAGAGGGAAGACGAGGCGGAUACUGCUUUUCUGCAGUUCUUGGCGAGCUUGGGCUGCCUGUAUCAGUAGAGCGUAUCUUAUCGAGGCAUAAAGGGCGCUGUGCCGUAAUUUAGAUCAGCGGC